UUGCUGCCACGCCCAGCACCAGCUCCAGAGCACGUUGAGAGGCAGCUCCCAGCUCUGCCUCCAGUUGUGCGCCAAGCCCAGCGACUCUGCCAGAGCACGUUGAGCCAGGCCGCCAGAGGAGGCAGCGGGGUCAGUGCGGCGGAGCUGGACAGAAUGCUGCCCAAGGAAACAGCUACGGAGAGAGCCAGGGGGCGGAAGGGAGGCAGCUGAGCGAGUGAGCUGUGCAAGGCUGCAUCGGAGCGAGGAAGGCAGAGCUGUCGCAGGCUGCAUGCAUCUGAGUUUGACAGAAAUCACAGUGUACAGGGAAGGAGGACCAGAGCUGCACAGCCCCGAAGGACUCCAGGAGAGAUGAAGGAAAAGAUGGAAACUAGGAACCUGCAUGGCUGGAACAAGGAAAGGAUUAAAUUCUCAGCCCAAGUGCCCAGGUUUUGGGAAUCUCUGCACAGGGUCCUCUGCAAGGCUGUAUUGAGGACUCUCCGAUUCUCUCAGCAGCUCCAGUCAUGCCUCUUGGUAGCCUGGUCUCAGGAAGGAACCAUGACAAAGACUGGAGCCCCCAGGUGCAAUCUUUCCCAGAAUCUGAGGCUUUUGGUUCUACUGAGCUGUCUGGGGUCUACACUGCCUGCUGACACACGCUCUCUUAGUUGCAACGUCAUGGUCAAGACUCAUACCACACCUGGAGAGCCCUGUUGUGAAGGACAGUGCUCACUGGAUAGAGAAUCUUUCCUUCAGUAUGAUGACAACAAAGCCACACCUUUGGGUGACCUGGGAAACGCGGUUCAUGCCACUCAAAUGUGGACAGAUAUUGUGCAAGAGCUGGAGGAUUUGGGGCAUGAAUUCAGGAAGAACCUGGCUGAAACCAAACAGAGGAUGACCAAGAUCCAUGGUCACCCCACUUUACAGACCAUCAUACUUUGUCAGCUUGAACAAGGACAAAUCAUCGGUACCUUUUUGCAAUUUAACAUCAGUGGAAACUGCCUCAUGCUCUUGAACACAAUGAAUAUGAGCUGGACAUUGAUUAGUCUUGAAGUUGGAGAUAUCAUGAAUGAAUGGAAGAAUGAUGAGGAACUAACCAAGUAUCUGAAAAACCUCCUGAAAAUUUCUGUCACUGGCUCAAGGAACUCUUAAAGCUCCCCUGGGAAAGA